UAUGCAAACCCAGGCAAGAACGAGUAGCCAUAAAGCGGAUCAACCUGGAAAAAUGCCAGACGAGUAUGGACGAACUACUAAAAGAAAUUCAAGCCAUGAGUCAGUGCAGCCACCCCAAUGUGGUGACUUAUUAUACCUCCUUUGUGGUCAAAGAUGAACUUUGGCUGGUCAUGAAAUUACUAAGUGGAGGUUCCAUGUUGGAUAUCAUCAAAUACAUCGUCAAUAGAGGAGAGCAUAAGAAUGGUGUUCUGGAAGAGGCGAUAAUCGCGACAAUUCUUAAGGAAGUUUUGGAAGGUUUAGACUAUCUGCACAGAAAUGGUCAGAUCCAUAGGGAUUUGAAAGCUGGCAAUAUUCUUCUGGGAGAGGAUGGAUCGGUACAAAUAGCAGAUUUUGGGGUAAGUGCAUUCUUAGCAACAGGGGGUGACGUUACUCGGAACAAAGUGAGAAAAACAUUUGUUGGUACCCCGUGCUGGAUGGCCCCUGAAGUCAUGGAACAGGUGAGAGGCUAUGACUUCAAGGCAGACAUGUGGAGUUUUGGAAUUACUGCCAUUGAAUUAGCAACCGGAGCAGCGCCUUACCACAAAUACCCUCCAAUGAAAGUGCUAAUGUUGACUUUGCAAAAUGACCCACCCACUUUAGAAACUGGAGUAGAGGAUAAAGAAAUGAUGAAAAAAUACGGCAAGUCCUUCAGAAAGUUACUUUCACUGUGUCUUCAGAAAGAUCCUUCCAAAAGGCCCACAGCAGCAGAACUUUUAAAAUGCAAAUUCUUCCAGAAAGCCAAGAACAGAGAGUACCUGAUUGAGAAGCUGCUGACAAGAACGCCAGACAUAGCCCAAAGAGCCAAGAAGGUAAGGCGAGUUCCCGGGUCAAGCGGCCACCUCCAUAAAACUGAAGAUGGAGACUGGGAGUGGAGUGAUGAUGAGAUGGAUGAGAAGACUGAGGAAGGGAGAGCAGCUGCCUCCCAAGAGAAGUCACGAAGAGUGAAAGAAGAAAACCCAGAGAUCUCAGUGAACGCUGGUGGCAUCCCCGAGCAAAUACAGUCCCUCUCUGUGCAUGACUCUCAGGGCCAACCCAAUGCUAAUGAAGAUUACAGAGAAGGUCCUUGCGCAGUCAAUCUUGUUUUAAGAUUAAGAAACUCCAGAAAGGAACUUAAUGACAUACGAUUUGAGUUUACUCCAGGAAGAGAUACAGCAGAUGGUGUGUCUCAGGAGCUCUUCUCUGCUGGCUUGGUUGACGGUCAUGAUGUAGUUAUAGUGGCUGCUAAUUUACAGAAGAUUGUAGAUGACCCCAAAGCUUUAAAAACAUUGACAUUUAAGUUGGCUUCUGGCUGCGACGGGACAGAGAUCCCUGAUGAAGUGAAGCUGAUCGGGUUUGCUCAGUUGAGUGUGAGCUGAUAUGCUGAGUCUCAGAUAACCUCUUCGAAUCCCUGGACCAUGAUCUGACAGCCACAACUGAGGACAAUAAAGAAGAUGCUAAGGACUCUUGAUCUAAUGAAGACUUAGAGAUUCCAUUUGAUCCAGUGAAGUAGAACCCCCACACCUUGACCUACCAGCAUUGACCUUCAUGUAGACGAUAAAUAAUAUUAUCUCAC